GGCUCAAUUGGUCUCUUAAACGGCGUAGAGACCCUCGACGUUAAUUCUGUGCGUAAAUAUUUUCAAGAUUCGAGUACACGACAUUGGUUUUGAGGGGAGACCGAGAGAAAGCAAAAGUGCACGAAAGCGUGCAAGUGAAGACUUGAUCGUGAUACACGUGUUCUUUAAAAGUGCUGAAGUGAAACCGAGUAAGACCACACCGAGUAACACGAGGAGGUGUGCCACCCCUUCCACAACUUGGUUACAGAGAAUCCUACUACUGCAGUUUGGAAGUUCCUUUCAGAACCGGGACUGAGAGUCAGUUAGUCAUAAACGCGCACUGUACUUAGAACUAAAGACCAGAGUUUAACGCUAGGUUCCCCUGGAAGUUUGACAGCCCCUUUGGCACCAUAGGAUCUCUUUAGCAAUGAAGACAAAAAGCUUGUUCUUAGUCCAUGUGGCGGUUUUAGAAUACCAAUGGGGAGCGCAGGACGGAAAACGAGUGCCGUGGAGCGGAUUGGGAGAGGGAGGAGGUGGCAGCCAUAGCCAAAGAGCCACUGGCUACGCUGAACAAGGAAAAUUUCGGAUCAACUGAGUCGGGACAGUUGGACUCAAUUGAGGAGAAAUUUUGCUGAUUGUUUGACAUAAGGAUGCCUUUGGAGUGAUUACCAAGAUAUGGUGGCGGAUUUUUCUCCAGAAUUCUAUUCCUUGUUGUAGUUUAGUGAAGGCACAAUGUGCUCGUGUCAAUUGCUGCACAUGAACACCGCUUCUCCUUCUGCGCUGGAGCUUUGGACAUCUGCGGGCGCUCGGUCCUUCAAUUUUGCUCCUUCUCGACGCAUUGUUCUGCUACGAAAGGAGCAAGUGCCAUGGAGAACGAGAAUAACGAGAAUGUCGGCAAGAGUGCCAGGAUCAGCGGAUGGCAAUAAUGGAUCCCAUCAGGGUCCAAGAAAGAAUACCGAUUUUUUUGUAGAGGAGGCCAUUGGUGCGGAGCACGGGGAAGGAUUUGCUACGUAUCGGCCUCGAGGCCCACUGCAUGUGGAUGUUGAUUAUUUGAAUGAUAGAAUGCGAGAAAGAGGACUUCAAAGAAUACGAUAUGCUAUGAAGCCCGAUGAAGCGUUUGGGCUUAUAUAUUCCUGGGACAAUGUAAUUGCAGACACAAGGGCUCUAAGGAUUGAGUCUUGGAACCGUCUUGCCAAUGAAGAGGGUAAAACUAUUGACAAUGACUUAGAGAAUCAUCGACAGUUACUUUCUAUGACUCCCAGCCGAGCAAUGGAAAAGGUUCUCUAUUGGGGGGAGACAGGAGGCGACAUUGAGCGCUUGACCAAGCGUUUAGCUGUUAUCUAUUCCGAAGCUCUAGCUAGGGUUAGAACUCCCAUGGAGGGAGUGAGGGAGUGGCUAGAGGCUUUGGAUACUGCUGGAGUGCCAUGCGCUGUGGCAUCAUCAUUGGAUCGUUUAACUUUAUUAGCAGCCCUGGAAAGAAUGGGCCUACGGAAAUAUUUUCAGGCCGUUGUAUCUGAAGAAGAUGGCAUGGAUUCCAUAGCUCAUCGAUUUUUAUCUGCAGCUGUUAAGCUUGAUCGCCCUCCUUUCAAAUGUGUGGUAUUUGAAGACAAUCCAAGGGGUAUUACAGCCGCACACAAUUGCACAAUGAAGGCAGUGGCUCUUAUUGGAUCUCAUCCUGCAUAUGAUUUAACUCAGGCUGAUCUUGCUGUGAGCAGUUUCACAGAACUGUCUGUCAUAAACUUGCGCAGGCUGUUUGCAAACAAAGGAACAGAAUUUAUGGACUUGCAAAAGCAACCUGAAGAGAAAAAGCCUCGAAAGCGUAAAAUAACCAACGAUACACUCUUCUAAUUCAAAACAACUGUGAACGUUUUGUUACAAUGGAAAAAUACCAGUUUAUUAUGUUAGUGGAGGAAUAUCUUUGCAAUUAGUCUGGACUCUCUUCAAGAUGCUUUCGCGCGUAGUCCAUCUGUCAAUAUUGAGUGGGACAAUACAUUCUCACUUCUGUCUCCACCAGAAUGCACGAGCACAUUGUUGCUAUUUGUAACUCUUCAUCUCUAAAUUAAGAGGCUCUCUUCAUUUUAUCGAAGUCACUCUACUUUGGGAAACUUUGUAAGUCUGUGGGAUGUGCUAUAGUAACUAUCUGAAACAAACGAUUGAAGAUUCAUGAUGCUUGGACUAGCACAGAAUGCAUUCUAAUGCGCGAGGUCACUUUGUUGCAGCGCGAGACAGACCCUGAUCUGCAGAAAGGAUGCCUUGAAAGACAGUCACUUUAAUGUGUUAGUGCAUUGAAUCGGGCUAGUGGCAGGGUGCUUGCAGCUGGAAACAUACACGCAUUUGACAGAAUCACCUUAUCACGUCGUGCGAUCUCUGGGGACUUAAGUGGAGUUUAUAUUGUUUCGUCCAAAGCAAGACCUGCUUAUUAUUUGAGAUACGUCUCCCCCAUCUAGUAUAUCGAUGACAAAUGUGAAUCCGAGAAACUAGCCACAACGAAACCGAGCAGACCAGGAUAAAGCGACUCUGAUAUCCUCACACUCCACUAUGUCCACUUUAUAUAUACUCAUAAUGGCAUCUUGAGAUAAGAAGCACGAAGAUUACAUCUUCUGAUGUAAUUUUCGUGGUACAUUAUAUUCUUGCGCGCAACAUAAAACAAGCUACCCAAAGGAUCAAAUAACACUAGAACUUGUAACAGCUUUUUAAAAUAAUAUUGCUAUCUUAGUGAUCUUUUUAG